AUGGCCUCUCCCGCUGUUACAGCAAAGGACAUUCUGCGGCUAGUGGACGAGCUCAGAGCAGAUCCUCAAAGUGUAGACAAACACCAGCGAGUCAGAAAUGCUUGUAAUGCAACGUCGUGGGCAUUCCUCUGCGACGCCAAAUACCCACAAUUCCUGUACGAGUAUGCAAACUCGCAUCAGCACGACGAAACAACCUCUAGCGGAUUACCCGUAUGGAUCCUCAGCGCAUGGGACAUUGCACUCGCACUCCAAGCAUCUAAUACGACCUUGCCACCCUUUUCAACAUCAUCUAUCAAUCUACAGGCACUCUCCCUGCUACGCGAAGUCCUGGUGAACAAGCUAUUCCCGCUCAUGUCCUCGCCCGCGGAGAGGGCACGGUAUAUAAACCAAGGAGCACCAGACACAGCGAGUGUCAUCAGUGCCGCAAGUGGACUGCUCUUUGCACUCGCACACUCGCUCAAGGUCCACCCAGACCCAGUAUACCUAGGAAAGGUGAGAACGUCUGGUGCGGUUGAAGUAUGUACACUCUGCUGGCUAUACACGCCGGACCUUCCAACCCGCAUCACGGCAUCCAUCUCGCUCGAAGCGCUACUCGAACCACAAUCACAACCAGCUUCUACGUUUAAGUUUGACUCUCCACCGACGCAGCACAUCCUUUCACGCGUCCUGGACGCGGCUGGGACGCAUUCCUCUGGUCCGAGUACGACGAGUACGACAGGAGCCGAAAAGAUUGUCGGACGAUGCGUUCACAUGCUUCAAGAUGGACUGGGGGAAAAGGGAAAGAUGACAGACGGACAUCGCCUUGUCGAGCUAUGUCUCAUCCAGUGGAUGACAGACGAGUCAUAUCGACGGAUAAUGACACUCGUCGUGCAAACGGUCCAAGACGCACUGGGUCACGCCGACGACCGUGGUGUCAACUGGGAACUCGUCGACAUGUGCGGUGCAGUCCUCUUGGCUCUUUCCAACGUCUCUCCACUCCCCAUGGCCACGCUCAUCGAAUACAUUGACCGCCUUUCACUGCUGUCCGUUCUCUCGACCAUCUACACACAAACGACCCGAACAGAGGACGGCAACCCGGUACCAAUGGAGAUUGUCGCACGCGCAUGGACGAAUAUUGUCGAGCUGCUCGUGCAUUGUACGACCUGUCAAGCGCCCAAUUGUCAUUAUGUUCGAACAGACGCAUACGUGGAUGCGCUCCGACGGGCACUGGAUUCAGGAGAAUUGUGGGCGAAGACAAUGGACGUGCUGUUCGAACAAGCGCGCGUGUCUAAAGAUAAAGCGAGCAUGGCCAAAUGGAAUAGCUGGAACGGAUUGGGAAAGGAGACAGACACAAUGGGAGGCUUGCCCGUAGACCCCAUCGACGCCGUCGACGAAAAAAAGAACCACGACAGCUCGUCGUCGUCCGAUAAUGAGCUCGACGCGCUCCCAGCCGUCAAGGGACUCAAAGAUGACGCCGCACGACAACUCGACGUCUCGCUUGCUCUUCCAGGCAUGACGGGCGUUCAUGAAGAAGACGAGCUUGAUCCCGCCGAGUCGCGUGCGGUCAAGCGCAAGCUCGACUGGCGGAUCAUGCCUCUUCUAUGCUUAAUCUACACGGUCCAAUUCCUUGAUAAGAACAAUAUCGGCGCAUCCGCAAUUCUUGGCUUCCUGCAGGAUGCACACCUUACCGGCGAACAACUUAAUAAUCUUGGCACAUUCUUCUAUGUUGGCAUGCUGGCCUCGCAACUCCCGCACGCCUAUGCGUUUCAAAAGUUGCCCGUCGCAAAGUAUCUCGCUGUCAUGAUGUUCUUCUGGGCCGUUCUCGUCGGAGUCCAUGCCGCCGGCAGGAGCUACCAUUCCCUCAUCGCCAUCCGUCUCUUGCUCGGAUUUACCGAGGGCUGCAUCACGCCCGGACUCAUGCUCGUCACUAGCAUGUACUAUACACGUGCGGAGAUGGGUGAACGUGUCGGGCUUGUUUUCCAAUGCAACGGUAUUGCCUCUAUCCUCUCUGGCUUUAUCGCAUUUGGCGCCUACCACACACCAAACCACACCCCGCUCUCUCUCCCGCAAAACCACGGCAAAGUCGCCCAAUGGCAAUGGUUCAUGAUCAUCAUCUCUCUCCUCACCCUCGCCACCUCGAUCCUCUUCGCCCUCUUCUUCCCCGAUAGCCCGACAAAGGCAAAGUUCCUCUCCGGCGAGGAGCGUGUCAUUGCCAUUAAGCGUAUCAAGACGAACCAGAGUGGUGUCGAGACCAAGAGCUGGAAGUGGUACCAGUUCCGCGAGGCACUCAUGGAUCCAAAGGCCUACAUCUUUAUGCUCUACGCCGUUUUUGCCAACUUUGUCGGAGGUAUCGGUAUCCAGUACACGCUCAUCAUCAAAGACUUUGGUUUCAAGGUCUGGCAGACGACACUGCUCAACAUCCCCGGUGGUGCGCUCAUGGUCAUCACCGUCACCGUCUCAAUGUGGAUCUUCCACAAGUAUCCUAAUGCUCGUGGAUGGAUCUCCGCUGGGUCCUAUGUGCCAUCUAUCAUCGCCGCCAUGGUGCUCGUCAUUCACCCGAACAGCCGUGUCGGCCUGUUGAUCGCCUUUUACUGUAUCCAACUCGGAUGCACGCCCGCCGUCGUCCUCUCCCUCUCCUGGAUCACGACCACGACCAGUGGACACACAAAGAAGCUCGUGCUCAACGCCAUGUGGCUCAUUGGCUACUCUGUCGGCCAAAUGGUCUCGCCCCAAUGGUGGAAGGACAAGUACAAGCCCAAGAACCGCGUUCCGUGGAUCAUCAUCCUGUCUUCGUACUGCUUCCAAGUCGUCAUUAUUCUCUUCCUCCGCUGGUUCUUGCAACGCAGAAACCGCAUCCGUGACGAGGCUGCCAAGAAUGCGACGACCGAGGAGGAAAAGGACCUCUACGGAGAGUAUGGAUGGCUCGAGGUUCCUGGUGCUGAUGGUUCAGUCAACAAGAUCCGCGUCGAGAAGCGGUUCUUGGAUUUGACCGAUUUCGAGAAUAAGAAUUUCCGUUACGUACUCUAG